CCCCGAAGCGUAGUUGCAUAGAAAGAGGCAAAACGCAUCUAGGGUUUUAGGUUCAGGGCAAAGAAAAGGAGAAAUCAUGUUUCCAGGACUGUUCAUGCGCAAGCCAGACAAGGCCGCGGCCUUGAAGCAGCUACGGACCCACGUGGCCAUGUUCGGUGCCUGGGUUGCCGUGGUUCGUGUCACUCCCUAUAUUCUUCACUACUUCUCUGCUGAAAGUGAAGAGCUAAAGCUCGAAUUUUAGAUCUCACUUGUAGGUAAUUUAUUUUUUUCGU